UUUUGCUUUACGUUUAAACAAAGUUUUUUUUGUUAAUUUCAAUUAAAAAAUUCAACAGAAAAUUUAUAAAAAGAAACCACACAUCACUUGCCAAUUUUAUAACAUUUUCUUUCUUUUUCUCUUAUUAUCUUCUUACUCUCUGAUCCUUCUACUUACUCUCUCACACCACAAACUUCUUCAUUCAUCCAUUUUAAACCCCAAAAAAUUAUGAAGAAUAAUCAAAAGUCUACGAAUACCACAAAUAAUAAUAACAACAUCAAUAACAACAAUUUAAAUUAUCUUAAUAAUAAAAAUAGCAACAACAAUAACAACAAUUUAACUGCAACGGACGGCCAUAAACUCUCCAAAUCGGCUUCUUCACCCAAUAACAACAUCAAUAACAACAAUAACGGCUUUAACGUUAAAAAAGGUCUUAAAAGUAAAUCAAAAUCCCAUCGUUUGGUUGGCCGCUCGAGUAGCAAUAAUAAUAGUAGCGGAGGAGGCGGGGGUUUUGGCAAAAAAAUGGGCGGCGGCGUCAAAGAUGCCCGUCGCGGUUUGGAGCCGCUUGAAUUUGAGGAGUGUAUCGUUGAUAGUCCAGAAUUUCGGGAUAAUUUAAAUCGUCAUGAAAAGGAAUUGGAUCAUACUAGUCAUCAGAUUAAGAAAAUUAUUAAGGAGGUUAAGGAUCUAAUGAGUGCUGCAAAAGUAUUAUCAACCCGCAUGAAACAGUUGGCCUAUUCAUUGAAAGAUUUCAAUUUUGAAUGCAUUGGCACCGCACAGACAGACGAUGAGCUGGUCAUUUGUGAGAGUUUAAAACAUUUUGGUGAUAUAAUUAGUAUGAUAGAAGAUGAAAGAGAGAAGAUGUUAACCUUAGCCGAUGAACAUAUCAUUGAACCCUUAGAGGAUUUUCGCAAGAAACAAAUUGGCGGCGUAAAGGAGAAUAAGAAAAAAUUCGACAAAAAAACGGAAAAAUUUUGUCAAUCACAAGAACGUUUCCUAAAUAUGUCGACAAAAAAGCCAGAAAACACAAUACAAGAGGCCGAUGCCAGUUUAGGCAUGCACGAACGUGAAUAUGUCCAGGAGUCAUUAAGUUAUGUACUGCGUAUACAAGAGGUACAAGAACGUAUCAAAUUUGAAUUUGUUGAAAUCUUAUUGGCCUUUAUAUCGAGCUGGUUAGUUUUUUAUCAUACGGCCCACGAACAGGCUGAGGAUAAUAAGGAUUAUUUACAGGAUUUAAGGCAUAAAGUGCAAAAGACUCGUGAAAAUUUUGAAGGUACCCGAGAGAAAGUCACAGAACUUAAAUUGAAAUAUAUGGAAAAACGAACAAAGCCAGAAGAAAAGUACACCAAACGUGGCUAUUUGUUUUUGAUGGAAAAAAGUUCUCUUUUGAAAAUCUCUCUUUUAGAACCAUUUAAGGCAACAUGGACAAAAUACUAUUGCACAUACAAGAAACAGAAAAAGGAGUUUACAAUGCUCCAGUUCAAUCAAAUGAAUCACAGUUUCACUAGACCCGAACAGCGUGAAGAAGAGAAACUGACAUUAGUAUCGUGCCAAAGACGUGCUUCAGAAUUUGAGAAGAGAUUUUGUUUCGAUUUGACAUUCAAAGAGAAACCGGGUAUUGUGUAUACAUUUCAGGCCUUAAGUGAAGAGGAUCGUAGAGCGUGGAUUAACGCCAUGGAUGGUACAGAGCCGACCUAUUUGGCCCCCGGUAAGGUUAAGGCGGGUGAGGAAUAUCAAUUGGAUGAGACCGGUUUUGCUUUUGUGCGUAAAUGUAUUGAGACAUUGGAAAAUCGUGGUCUAGAAGAUGAGGGCAUUUAUCGUAAAAGUGGUGUGGGCACCAAAAUAUCGAAACUUUUAGCUUUGGGCAUGGAUCGCAAAAAGGCUGAAAGUGUUUUUAACGAGGAACAAUAUAGAGAUCUCAUGGAGAGCAAUACUAUAGCCAGUGCUCUUAAAACAUAUUUGCGUAAUCUAAAUGAACCACUAAUGACCUAUCGCUAUCACAGUGGUUUUAUAGAGGCAGCCAAACAAGAAAAUUUAAAUCAACGCGUUCAUGAAGUCCAUAAGUUGGUUUAUAAAUUGCCUCAAUCAAAUUUCGAAAUGCUUGACAUGGUCAUCAGACAUUUGACCGAAGUCUCUCGUAAAUUCGAGAAAAACAAAAUGUCUGUCUUCAAUUUGGGCGUGGUAUUUGGUCCCACUCUCUUGAGGCCUCAAGAGGAAACAGUAGCUGCCAUAUUGGAUAUUAAAUUUAACAAUAUUGUUAUUAAUAUUCUUAUCGAAAACUAUGAACGCAUCUUUAAGAAUGAUCCCAGUGCGGUGGGCGCACACAUCCAGUCGAAUUCAAGCAGUCCUCCGGUAAGGGUACCACGUGCCAGUCAAGCCAAUAAAUCGCUGUCAGCGGGCGGUGGUGGCGGUUCGGUGGGACGCAAUUCUAUGUAUUCUCCACAACAAGUCUACCGAGUGGUGACAAAAUCCAAUUUCACCGAUUCUCCCAUGUCUUCGAGUUUACAGAACAUUCCUAAUGGCAUGAUUUAUGGUACGAGCGGUGGUGGUGGUAGUGGUGGCGGAGGCAGUGGUGGCAACUCUGGGGUAAUCACCUCAAAUGGUACUAAUGGUGGUCUACUGGCUGCCCAUGCCACAAAUGGUGGCAGUGGUCCCAAAAGUCUGGGUAUGAGUGUAAAUAUGGGCAGUGUUAAGAAUUUGCAUUCAAUGUCGCAGAGCGAUAUCAGUAUGCGCCGCAAUAAUGCCAACGAGGCCGUUUAUGGCAUUUUAACCGCCAACACCAAUGGUGGCCUAACGGCUCAUCAUGCCACACCGGCUAAUGCUACUAAUUUAAGGCAUGAUUAUCUAAUGGCCACAGCCACACCGGCCUCUACGUCCAUCUACAGUACGAAUACCUCCGGCAAUCGCAUUAGUUUAAAUAAUGUCUCACCACCCACAUUGGCCAUGCGCAAGGAAGCCCUGUAUGGUACUGGAAGUGGGCCACAGCAACAUCCACCAGUCCAGCUGCAGCGCAGCAAUCAUCUGCCAUAUGCCUCUAAUAAACAUUAUCCCUCGGGUGCUGCUGCCUCAACAUCUAGUUCCAACGAAAGCGUUUGUGAUUCUCUAUCAUCAACGAAUGGUGGGGGCGGAGGAGGAGGCGGUAGCGGUCGUUUAUUAUCCGCCCGCGGUUCCAUUGAUUAUGUGCCACAUUCCUCACAAGCUACAUCCUUAUCCACUCUGUUGGGUUCUCAGGUGGAUGAUGUGGUUACCGCAACGGCUGCUCCUUCUAUGAUAGUGGGCAGUACGGGUAGUUCACCAAAUGAGUAUGGUACCACACCGCAAAAGGUGCAUCGCAAUAAAGAUGUUACACAAAUUAAAAGGGAUCUAGAAGCUGGCACAGCGCGAGUACGUACUCUUUACGCUUGUUUGGGCGAGAGCGAAGGUGAACUAUCAUUUGAACCAAAUCAAAUUAUAACAAAUGGUAAGUUGUUUAAUAACAUAUGUAUCAGUUAAAAAGUAUUCCUAAAAAUUGAUCUCAAAAACAAAUAUAUUAGAAACAAAUCUUAAAGAAAAUAAAAACUUAUCCUCCAAAAAAAAAUUAUCUUUAACUAGAAAAACUAAUUAUUUAUAAAAUACAUAGCUGAUCAUUUAACGAAAUACUGAUAUUUCCAACAAAGA